AUGGGGGAGCCGGUUCUAGUCCUGUGGGCUCUGCUGGCGUCUUUGGGCUGUGCUGGCGGAGCCACAGAGCCAGGUGAGAACCUGAGCUGUUACCAGUGCUUCAAAGCCACGAGCCGGGAGUUUUGCGCGCCCGCCGCGUGCGCCUCCACCGACCGGGUCUGCGUCUCCCACGCGGUGACCAUCACCCUGAGAUUACGGGUGGGGAUUUUGCUCAGCAAGCGCUGUGCUCCGAGGUGUCCCAACGCCAACAUGAAGUCUGAAUGGUCGUCGGGCCCCGGGAUGCUGGGCAAGAUCGUCAGGCAGUGCUGUUCCAGAUCUCUCUGCAACAGGGCGCCCGCCCCGCAGGAGGGUCCCUGGGCCCUUCCAAGGGGGUUCCUGCUCCAGGCGGGCCUUGGCCUCCUCUGGGUCCUGCUGUGA